GAUUUUUUUGCAUAAUAUAAUUUAAUUAUCUAGAAAGAAUUGAUGGAUUCACAAAGCAAUUUGACUCCUCCUUUGUGUGCAAAGGGUUGUGGGUUCUUUGGCUCUCCAGAGAAGAAGAAUUUGUGUUCAGAGUGUUACAGAGACUACGUCAAAGAAGAAGAGUCCGUUGCUGCCGAGACUGCCAAGAAACUCUCUCAACUUGUCAUCAAUACCCCAUCUGCUGCUAAUUAUAAGAGCCCGGCUGUUUUAACUGAUGAAACAACUUCAAGCUCAGCCGCCGCCGCCGCAUCCUCUUCAACAGUAAAGAUUAAUAGAUGCGAAUGCUGCAACAAGAAAGUUGGAUUGCUGGGGUUCAAGUGCCGCUGUGAGAAGACCUUCUGUGGGGUUCAUCGACAUGCCACGGAGCACUCUUGCACCUUUGAUUUCAAGACUCUUGGUCGACAUAUUUUGGCCGAGCAAAACCCACUUGUUGUUUCUGAUAAGCUUCAUACUAGAAUCUGAUUUACCCGCCUUCGGAGUUUUCAUUCUUCGAUCCUUGAAUGUAAUAAAAUUUUAUUUUUCUUAUCUCGUGAUCUUAAAUCA